AUGGGGGCCGGUUCCAGCAGCGAGGCGGCCGCUGUGGCGCACGUCUCCGACGCGGAGGUUGACCAUGCCGAGCAGUUGCGCCAGAAACAGCGGAUGCUUGAGGAGAAGCGGCGUCGCUACGCCCGCCUGUCCUCCGAGGCGGUGCAGAGAAAUAAGGACAAGGGGAAAAAUGUGAUUGAAAAGGUGUACGAGGAGGAUUUUGACACCAUCGACCGCGUCCAGGCAAUGCGGUUUCCGCCCAUGGUGGUAAGGGAGCUGCAGAACGCGGUCGAUGCGGAGGCGGAGAGACGAUGUGCGGAGGUGGAGAAGACGAUGGCGCGUUGCCUGCAGGACAAGAUGUGGACGACGUGGAAGUGCCAGAAGGAGCGGGACCGGUACAUCAAGUGCACGGUGGAGGGGAAGAAGGACAAUGAUCUGCUCAUGGCCUAUCGCUGGAAGUACAAUUUAGGGACACUGCACGGUGAGACUAUAGGUCGCAACAACAUGAUGCGGCGCAUCUGGAGCGAGCAUUUUCCUGAUCGUGAGUUACCGCACCCCUGGGUGAGCGACCAGUGA